AUGGUCCUGCUGUAUUUCCUGGUGUCCAGACCCCGUGGAAUCCUGUGUGUGACGUCUGUUGGGAGGAGGUUAUGGGACAGGUCUCUGAGCAGUGUGAACCUGAGUGGCUGGAUGCAGAGGAUCCUCUCUUUAUACUGUAUACCAGCGGAUCUACUGGCAAACCAAAGGUAGGACACUCUCUCUCUCACACACACACACACACACUGUCACACACUCAGUCACACUCACUCACACACACACACACACACACACACGCACACACACACACACACACUGUCACACACUCAGUCACACUCACUCACACACACACACACUCACACACACACACACACACACACACAUACUCGAGUGAUAAUGUGUGUGUGUGCAUGUUCCUGUGUGCGCUUGCGUGUGUGCGUUCGUAAAUGUGUGUGUGUGUGUGUGUGUGUGUGUGUGUGUGUAUAUAUUAGCCCUGUGUUAACCCUGUAUCUGCCUUCCCUGCAGGGUGUCCUUCACACGGUGGCAGUCUACCUGCUUUACACCUCUCUGACCUUCAAGGACGUGUUUGACCACCAGCCAGACGAUGUGUACUGGUGUACCGCUGAUAUAGGAUGGAUCACUGGACACUCAUACAUCACCUAUGGACCCCUGGCCAACGGGGUGACCAGCGUACUGGUGAGUAGAACAAACAAAAUAACGUGCCUUGCCUGAGAAAUGUAAGCCCAAUUUGUUGCCCUCAGACAGACCACAAUGAUUUCCUCUUGGUCUGACGGUUAAGACGUUGGGUUGGUGCGUGGGAAUCCUCUUGGUCUGACGGUUAAGACGUUGGGUUGGCGCGUGGGAAUCCUCUUGGUCUGACGGUUAAGACGUUGGGUUGGCGCGUGGGAAUCCUCUUGGUCUGACGGUUAAGACGUUGGGUUGGCGCGUGGGAAUCCUCUUGGUCUGACGGUUAAGACGUUGGGUUGGUGCGUGGGAAUCCUCUUGGUCUGACGGUUAAGACGUUGGGUUGGCGCGUGGGAAUCCUCUUGGUCUGACGGUUAAGACGUUGUGUUGGCGCGUGGGAAUCCUCUUGGUCUGACGGUUAAGACGUUGGGUUGGUGCGUGGGAUUCCUCUUGGUCUGACGGUUAAGACGUUGGGUUGGUGCGUGGGAUUCCUCUUGGUCUGACGGUUAAGACGUUGGGUUGGUGCGUGGGAUUCCUCUUGGUCUGACGGUUAAGACGUUGGGUUGGUGCGUGGGAAUCCUCUUGGUCUGACGGUUAAGACGUUGGGUUGGUGCGUGGGAAUCUGACGGUUAAGACGUUGGGUUGGCGCGUGGGAAUCCUCUUGGUCUGACGGUUAAGACGUUGGGUUGGCGCGUGGGAAUCCUCUUGGUCUGACGGUUAAGACGUUGGGUUGGCGCGUGGGAAUCCUCUUGGUCUGACGGUUAAGACGUUGGGUUGGCGCGUGGGAAUCCUCUUGGUCUGACGGUUAAGACGUUGUGUUGGCGCGUGGGAAUCCUCUUGGUCUGACGGUUAAGACGUUGGGUUGGUGCGUGGGAUUCCUCUUGGUCUGACGGUUAAGACGUUGGGUUGGUGCGUGGGAUUCCUCUUCGGUUAAGACGUUGGGUUGGUGCGUGGGAUUCCUCUUGUCUGACGGUUAAGACGUUGGGUUGGUGCGUGGGAAUCCUCUUGGUCUGACGGUUAAGACGUUGGGUUGGUGCGUGGGAAUCUGACGGUUAAGACGUUGGGUUGGCGCGUGGGAAUCCUCUUGGUCUGACGGUUAAGACGUUGGGUUGGCGCGUGGGAAUCCUCUUGGUCUGACGGUUAAGAGGUUGGGUUGGCGCGUGGGAAUCCUCUUGGUCUGACGGUUAAGACGUUUGGGUUGGCGCGUGGGAAUCCUCUUGGUCUGACGGUUAAGACGUUGGGUUGGUGCGUGGGAAUCCUCUUGGUCUGACGGUUAAGACGUUGGGUUGGCGCGUGGGAAUCCUCUUGGUCUGACGGUUAAGACGUUGGGUUGGCGCGUGGGAUUCCUCUUGGUCUGACGGUUAAGACGUUGGGUUGGUGCGUGGGAAUCCUCUUGGUCUGACGGUUAAGACGUUGGGUUGGCGCGAGGGAAUCGUCUUGGUCUGACAGUUAAGACAUUGGGUUGGUGCGUGGGAAUCCUCUUGGUCUGACGGUUAAGACGUUGGGUUGGCGCGUGGGAAUCCUCUUGGUCUGACGGUUAAGACGUUGGGUUGGCGCGUGGGAAUCCUCUUGGUCUGACGGUUAAGACGUUGGGUUGGCGCGUGGGAUGCCUCUUGGUCUGACGGUUAAGACGUUGGGUUGGCGCGUGGGAAUCCUCUUGGUCUGAGGGUUAAGACGUUGGGUUGGUGCGUGGGAUUCCUCUUGGUCUGACGGUUAAGACGUUGGGUUGGUGCGUGGGAAUCCUCUUGGUCUGACGGUUAAGACGUUGGGUUGGCGCGUGGGAAUCCUCUUGGUCUGACGGUUAAGACGUUGGGUUGGUGCGUGGGAAUCCUCUUGGUCUGACGGUUAAGACGUUGGGUUGGCGCGUGGGAAUCUCUUGGUCGACGGUUAAGACGUUGGGUUGGCGCGUGGGAAUCCUCUUGGUCUGACGGUUAAGACGUUGGGUUGGCGCGUGGGAAUCCUCUUGGUCUGACGGUUAAGACGUUGGGUUGGUGCGUGGGAAUCCUCUUGGUCUGACGGUUAAGACGUUGGGUUGGCGCGUGGGAAUCCUCUUGGUCUGACGGUUAAGACGUUGGGUUGGCUGCGUGGGAAUCCUCUUGGUCUGACGGUUAAGACGUUGGGUUGGUGCGUGGGAAUCCUCUUGGUCUGACGGUUUAAGACGUUGGGUUGGUGCGUGGGAAUCCUCUUGGUCUGACGGUUAAGACGUUGGGUUGGUGCGUGGGAAUCCUCUUGGGUCUGACGGUUAGACGUUGGGUUGGGCGUGGAUUCCUCUUGGUCUGACGGUUAAGACGUUGGGUUGGUGCAUGGGAAUCCUCUUGGUCUGACGGUUAAGACGUUGGGUUGGCGCGUGGGAAUCCUCUUGGUCUGACGGUUAAGACGUUGGGUUGGCACGUGGGAAUCCUCUUGGUCUGACGGUUAAGACGUUGGGUUGGUUACCACCAGUUAGUUUCAUACCCUGUAAUACUACCACUUUCUUUUUUAUAUAUUGCCUGACUGAACCAACGGUGUGUGUGUGUGUGUGUGUGUGUGUGUGUGUGUGUGUGUGUGUGUGUGUGUGUGUGUGUGUGUGUUCUCCAGUUUGAGGCUAUUCCAGUCCACCCUCACGUGGGGCGUUUCUGGGAGGUGAUUGAGAAGUACAGAGUGACCAAGUUCUACACAGCUCCCACAGCCAUACGCCUUCUCAUGAAGUACGGGGAAGAUCCAGUACAGAAGGAAGACACAGUGUAAGGCCGGGAUUCAAUCCAAUCUGACCUUUUUUUUGGCUAUGCAUCUUUUUAAAGGCAAUGUUUCCACGUUUCGCAGAGACGCCGCACAUACACGAUAAACGAUAUGUCUGCUCAAUAGAAAAUGACCUUUUAUUUAAAUGUCAAGCGAACUAUUACGUGGAUCUACCACGGAUCAGAUUUAAUCCUUUAAUCUUUGCAUCAUAAGAAGUACACUGAUCUGAGCUGUAGCGCUGUGGCUAUAAUAACGCAGUGUCAUUCUGUCCACUAGCGCCAUCUGUUGGACGAAAAGAGAGAACCAACACUCAGUGAACCAAACCAGAUCAGCACUUCUUUACUCGUUCACCCUGUAACUUCCUGCAGGUACGACCUUUCAUCGCUGAGGAUUCUGGGUACUGUAGGUGAGCCCAUCAACCUGGAGGCGUGGCAUUGGUACCACGAGGUGGUUGGUCAGAAGAGAUGCCCCGUGGUGGACACCUUCUGGCAGACAGACGGUGAGCGCUGACUGGUGGUCUGUUUUGAAAUGGUCCUUUUAAUCUUUCAUUGUUUUCCAUUACAUCUAUUUGACUGAAAAUAAGUUAGAAAAUACAGUUAAAUUAAAAUAUUGAUUUUAAUACAUUUGAAAAAUAUACUGACCAAAAAUAUAAAUGCAACAUGCAACAAUUUCAAAGAUUUUACUGAGCUACAGUUCGUAUAAGGAAGUCAGUCAGUUGAAAUUAAUGAAUUAAGCCCAAAUCUAUGGAUUUCACAUGACUGGGAAUACAUCUGUUGGUCACAGAUACAGUACCUUUAAAAAAACAGUAGGGGCGUGGAUCAGAAAACCAGUCAGUAUCUGGUGUGACCACCAUUUUCCUCAUGCAGAGCGACACAUAACCCCACCGCCACCAUAGGGCAGCGUUCACAACGUUGACAUCAGCAAACCGCUCACCCACACAAUGCCAAAUAUACAUGGUCUGCGGUUGUGAGGCCGGUUGGACGUACUGCCAAAUUCUCUAAAACGACGUUGGAGGCGGCUUACGGUAGAGAAAUUAACAUUCAAUUCUCAACAGCAACAGCUCAGUUGGACAUUCCUGCAGUCAGCAUGCCAAUUGCACGCUCCCUCAAAUCUGGAGACAUCUGUGGCAUUGUGUUGUGUGAAAAAACGGUACAUUUUAGAAUGGCCUGUUAUUGUCCCCAGCACAAGGUGCAACUGUGUAAUGUUCAACGCUGUUAUAUCAGCCUCUUGAUAAGCCACACCUGUCAGGUGGAUGGAUUAUCUUGGCAAAGGACAAAAUGUUCACGAACAGGGAUGUAAACAAAUUUGUGCACAACAUUUGAGAGAAAUAAGCUUUUUUUGUACGUAUGGAACAUUUCUGGGAUCUUUUAUUUCAGCAUGUUGCGUUUUAUAUUUUUGUUCAGUGUUUAAUGACUUGUGUUCUUGCAUAGGGUGGCCAUGUUUUAACUCCAUUACCUGCUGCUACACCUCUGAAACCAGGAUCAGCUGUAAGUUACAAUCAUAUACACAGUGUACAAAACAUAUUGAGUUGAACCCCCCCCCUUGCCCCCAGUACAGCCUCAAUUCAUCGGGGCAUGGACUCUACAAGGUGUCGAAAGCGUUCCACAGGGAUGCUGGCUCCAUGUCGACUCCAAUGCUUCUCACAGUUGUGUCAAGUUGGCUGGAUGUCCUUUGGGUGGUGGACCAUUCUUGAUACACACGGGAAACUGUUGAGCGUGAAAAACCCAGCAGCGUUUGUGAGAGGUGUUGACAUGCUGAAUGCACCGAGCUGUCUGUUUGAACUACUGGCACACAGCUCAGACACCCAUACAUCCAAGAUGGCAGCAUGUCAAGUCGUUUGUCAAGUCGUUUGUUUGUGACUAGUACAUUUUAACCUACUAAUAAUCUAUUUAUUUAUGGUUGCGUAACUUCGUUGUUGCGUAGUGCAAACUAUUUUAUUUUUGCUGGUGUAAAGAUCACGGGUCCUCCUCAACUCGGAACUUCAUUACUUGAAGUUUACCAAAGUAACCCUAUCUCUGGCUGGCCUGAGUUCCUCGUUAGUCCGCGGAGUGUCUUGUCCGAGCUGCUCCUUGCUCUUCGCCUGGCUGUCAGUGGCAGCUCAACCCGUUACCCAAUCUACUCACACGCGCAAACACUCACAUUGACUCACAUACACGCUGUCCCUCUCUCCACUUACCUUCGUUGGCCUCUUGUUUUUUGGUCAGAGAAAAUGACAAUUUACGUGGUAUUGCUUUGUGCACUGACUUUAUUGAACCCACUUGUCGCAGGGUGAGUACAUCUGACAAUGUACUCUCGCGUCCAUUAGACAUUUUGUCUGCAGGAACUCGCUCUUUUUCACUCGGUCCACUCGUCCAAGUGCCGAUGCAUUUGUGGCAUGAUGUGAACAGUACGAAUUUGUGUCACUACCAAAGUCUAAUGGUUUUUAAAUGACUGUUUUGUAUUGUCUGGAAACUCACUUGUAGAAUUCGCUUGCAGUAGGUCUCUUAAAAAAGAGAAGCCGUGCAAGGUUAUUAAACAGAGGUGCCUAGUUAUUCUUCUGUUGUUGAUAUCAGGUAACGUGCAACCUAACCCUGGCCCUGAUAUGCAAUGUCUCCAAACCCCCUCUGAUUUUAAAUCAAGAUCUGGUUUUGGUAUUUUUCAUUUAAAUGUACGCAGCCUGUUGUCAAAAAUUGAUGGGGUUAGGAUUUGGGCUAAAUCAACUGAUGCUGAUGUAAUUGUGUUUUCGGAAACCUGGCUCAGCAAGUCUAUUUUUGAUAAGGAUAUUUGUAUAAGUGGUUACAAUGUUUAUCGUGCAGAUCGGGUUAAGAAAGGUGGGGGUGUGGCUAUAUAUGUAAAAUCUAAAUUCCAUGUAAGUGUGGCAAAGUCUGAAACUAUUUGUAAACAGUUGGAAUUUCUUGCUUUGAAUAUUGAGGUUUCAAAGGGCCUCUCUAUAACUGUGAUUGGCUGUUAUAGACCCCCCUCUGCUCUUGGUGAUGCAUUUUCUUCUUUGACGCACCUUAUGUCUAAACUUCUUUACAGUGAAAUGAUCUUGAUUGGUGAUCUCAACUGGUGUUGGUUUAAAGCCGGUGUCUGAUUUAAAAAUGUUUUGUAAUUCUAUGAAUCUUACCCAGUUGAUUAAUUCACCCACUCGCCCAAAUCUUAAAUGCCCUGAUAAAUCUACCCUGAUUGAUUUGAUAUUGACAAAUGUUCCACAUAAAUAUUCUGCGGUUGGUGUUUUUUGUAAUGAUUUAAGUGACCAUUGUGCUGUUGUUGCUGUUAGAAAUACUAAGGUUCCAAAGACAAAUCCACGUUUUAUUCGUAAGAGAAAUUUGAAGUGUUUUAAUGAGCAGGCUUUCUUUCAUGAUUUGUUUUAUUUUGACUGGAGCAAGAUUGAGCUUAUCCCUGAUGUGGAAACUGCCUGGAUAUUCUUUCAUGAUGGUUUUUUCCAAAUAGUAAACAAACAUGCACCAUUCCGCAGGUUCAGGGUUAAAGGGCGGGAUAAUCCAUGGUUUUCUUCUGAGCUGUCUUGUAUUAUUCACGACCGUAAUCUAGCCUGGGCUAAAGCAAGGAAAUCUUGUUCUGAUGCUGAUUGGCUUAUUUUUAGGCAGUUAAGAAACAAGUGUUCUUUUCUUCUCAGGAAGGCCAAGUCUGAAUAUUUUAUGUCUGUUACCACUGAUAACCUGAAUGACCCUAGAAAGUUUUGGAAUGCUAUUAAGUCUAUGUCUGGUAACAGUAAUGUUAAUGAAUUACCGUCAUGUGUUUUGAAGGACUCUGUUGCUAUAUAUGACAAAACUGAAAUGCUGAAUUGUUUCAAUGAGCACUUUGUAUCAUCUGGUAGGCUGUUUGAUUCAGUGUCCUCUGUCUCUGUACAACCCUGUGUGGAUGAACCAGUGUCCUCUGUCUCUGUACAACCCUGUGUGGAUGAACCAGUGAGAGCUGGUCAAACUUUUAGUUUUUCUGCCAUUCUCAGUGCAGGUGGUACAUAAAGCCCUGAAAUCCUUAGAUCAAAGAAAGCCUGCAGGUCCUGAUCUUUUGGAUCCCUGCUUUUUGAAUCUGGCAGCUGAUUUCAUAGCUGAACCACUUACAUAUCUGUUCAAUCUAACCCUGGAAUGUAAUGAAAUUCCAAAGAUCUGGAAAUCAGCAUUUGUCCUACCACUUUUAAAAGGGGGAGAUCCAACUCUUUUAAAUAAUUAUAGGCCAAUCUCAAAGCUGUCACCCCUGGUGAAAAUACUUGAAACCCUUGUAAGUGAACAGCUAAAAGAGUUUUUAUUUACUAACUCUAUUUUAUCAAUGUAUCAAUCAGGCUUCAGGAAGAAGCAUAGCACAAUUACAGCAGCCAUGAAGGUUUUAAAUGAUAUCACUGAAGCCCUUGACAAAAAACAGCACUGUGUCUCACUUUUUAUUGAUCUCUCUAAGGCUUUUGAUACAGUUGAUCAUGCUAUACUAGGGCAGAGAUUGUUGAGUGUAGGUCUUUCGGAGCAUGCAGUUGCAUGGUUUGCUAACUAUCUGUCUGAUAGAACUCAGUGCACUCAAUUUGAUGGGCUUAUGUCUGUUAAAUUGUCUGUCCUGAAUGGUGUGCCCCAGGGCUCUGUACUUGGUCCUCUCUUAUUCACUAUUUAUAUUAAUGAUUUAGACAAAAAUGUCCAAAAUGCACAACUUCAUUUUAUGCUGAUGAUACUGUUAUUUACUGUUGUGCCUCAUCUCUUACAAAAGCUUUCCAGAACUUGCAAACUGCUUUUUUAUACUGUUCAACAUACCUUGUGUCAAUUGAAGCUUAUCCUCAAUACUGACAAAACUAAACUAAUGGUGUUUUCUAAUGCAAGAAAUAGACCUCUGAACCUUUCACCUGUUACUACCUGUCAGGGCAAGGAGAUUGAGGUUGUAACCUCAUAUAAAUAUCUUGGAAUUCUAAUUGAUGACGGCCUCUCUUUUAAAUUGCAUAUUCAACAACUUACAAAAAAAUUGAAGCUGAAAUUGGGAUUUUAUUUUAGGAAUAAGGCCUGUUUUUCUUUUGAAGCCAGAAGGAGGCUAGUAUCAGCUACAUUUAUGCCUUUACUAGACUAUGGGGAUAUUUUAUAUAUGAAUGCUUCCGCUCAGUGUUUGAGAUCAAUUGACACUCUUUAUCAUGGUACUUUGAGAUUUAUUUUAAACUGCAAAACCCUUACGCACCACUGUACUUUGUAUACCAGGGUUGGCUGGCCUUCUCUAGUCACUCGUAGGCUCAGUCACUGGUAUACUUUUAUUUACAAAGCCAUUUUGGGUUUACUACCUUUUUAUUUGGGCAUUUUUAUUGUUCAGAAAUGUGGUGGGUACUCUCUUCGUUCACUGGACUUUAUCCUGCUAACUGUUCCAAAUGUCCGAACUGAAUUUGGUAAAAGGUCUUUUAUGUACUCUGCGCCAUCGUCUUGGAACACCUUACAAAAUAAUUUUAAACUGGAAGAACUUGUCCCGAUUGGUGUUUUUAAAUCUCUGAUGAAGGAUUUUGAGGCUGAUUCCCUGACCUGUCAAUGUCUUUAAUUUGCUGUUUUUGAUAUUGUUAUACUCUUGUGAAUUCAUGAAUGGUUUUUUACUAGAUUACUUGUAGUUUUUCAUGUUGUCUGUCUGUAAUUUUUUGUAAUGACUUGGUGCUGCCUAUCUUGGCCAGGACGCUCUUGAAAAAGAGAUUUUAAAUCUCAAUGAGCCCUUCCUGGUUAAAUAAAGGUUAAAUAAAAAAAUAAAAUACCCCACAAGACAUGCCACCAGAGGUCUCUUCACAGUCCCCAAGUCCAGAACAGACUAUGGGAGGCGCACAGUACUACAUAGAGCCAUGACUACAUGGAACUCUAUUCCACAUCAGGUAACUGAUGCAAGCAGUAAAAUCAGAUUUUAAAAACAGAUAAAAAAAACACCUUAUGGAACAGCGGGCACUGUGAAGCAACACAAACAUAGACACAGACACAUGCAUACACACACACACACACACACACACACGUACACAUGGAUUUUGUGUUGUAGAUAUGUGGUAGUGGUGGAGUAGGGGCCUCAGGGCACACAGUGUGUUGUGAAAUCAUUUUGCCGGACCCCAGGAAGGGUAGCAGCUGCCUUGGGGAUCCAUAAUAAAUACAAAAUACAAAAUACUAGCAUAGUCAUGUGCCAGUGUAAUAUUUCCCCAUAUACCUGUGAUUGGCUCCUCACUCCUUGUGUGAGGUAUACUAUAGGCGUAGACUUCAGUGUAAUCUGGAAUGAAUCUGUCUCGUUAUUGAAGAGCUUAUAGCAGGGGUAGUUCCUCAGUGUAAUCUGGAAUGAAUCUGUCUCGUUAUUGAAGAGCUUAUAGCAGGGGUAGUUCCUCAGUGUAAUCUGGAAUGAAUCUGUCUCGUUAUUGAAGAGCUUAUAACUGAGCUGAUAGAUCAGGUUCAGUGAUUGCCUAAAUUCAACACGCUUGGUCUUCCAGGUCGGUUUAAAUGAAAAACACGACGUUUUCUGAAGUACUCCGGGACCAGCGUUGACAACCCCUGACUUAUAGCAUCUAAUGAACCUGUGUUUGAAUCAUCUAGAUUUAACGCUAUAGAUUCAGUUAACCCCAGGGUUCUCAGCUGGUGAUUGUGAUCUGGAAAAAUGAGUUCUAUACCAGCAGCCUGAAGUCUGUUAUUGAAAAGCUUCAUGAAAAUCUCCCAUUGUGUACAAAAAAAUAAAUAAAAAAUAAGAUCUAUCCAUCAGAUCUAUCUGUCUGUCUGAUGUUCCAGACGUUUCCUUUCUUUGGCGUGGAGAGGAACUGGAGGGAGAGGCAGAGGGCUAUCUGGUCAGUACAACACACAGUCUAUGGUACAAUGACUUCAAGUAUUAUUAUUAUUAUUUUGUCAUUUAGCAGACGCUCUUAUCCAGAGCAACUUACAUGAGCAAGUAGGGUUAAGUGCCUUGCUCAAGGGCACAGAUUUUUCACCUAGUCGGCUCGGGGAUUAGAACCAGCGACCUUUCGGUUACUGGCACAACGCUCUUAACCACUAAGCUACCUGCCGCCCUACAGUGUAAUGCAUUUGAGAUGUUUUUUUUUUAAAUUCUCACUCACUAUCCUUAUAAUAUGGGUUUCAUAUAGGGUUAUUACCGUAAUAUUUCUAAACUAAGAGCCAUGGUCUGUAAUGUUGUUGGUAGGGUUAUUACCGUAAUAUUUCUAAACUAAGAGCCAUGGUCUGUAAUGUUGUUGGUAGGGUUAUUACCGUAAUAUUUGUAAACUAAGAGCCAUGGUCUGUAAUGUUGUUGGUAGGGUUAUUACCGUAAUAUUUGUAAACUAAGAGCCAUGGUCUGUAAUGUUGUUGGUAGGGUUAUUACCGUAAUAUUUGUAAACUAAGAGCCAUGGUCUGUAAUGUUGUUGGUAGGGUUAUUACCGUAAUAUUUGUAAACUAAGAGCCAUGGUCUGUAAUGUUGUUGGUAGGGUUAUUACCGUAAUAUUUGUAAACUAAGAGCCAUGGUCUGUAAUGUUGUUGGUAGGGUUAUUACCGUAAUAUUUCUAAACUAAGAGCCAUGGUCUGUAAUGUUGUUGGUAGGGUUAUUACCGUAAUAUUUGUAAACUAAGAGCCAUGGUCUGUAAUGUUGUUGGUAGGGUUAUUACCGUAAUAUUUCUAAACUAAGAGCCAUGGUCUGUAAUGUUGUUGGUAGGGUUAUUACCGUAAUAUUUCUAAACUAAGAGCCAUGGUCUGUAAUGUUGUUGGUAGGUGUUUCAUUAUGUACUGGUUGGGUUAUUACCGUAAUAUUUGUAAACUAAGAGCCAUGGUCUGUAAUGUUGUUGGUAGGGUUAUUACCGUAAUAUUUCUAAACUAAGAGCCAUGGUCUGUAAUGUUGUUGGUAGGGUUAUUACCGUAAUAUUUCUAAACUAAGAACCAUGGUCUGUAAUGUUGUUGGUAGGGGUUCCGUCGGCCCUGGCCUGGUAUCAUGCGUACCGUGUACGGAAACCAAGAGCGGUUUGAGAACACAUACUUCAAGAAAUUCCCAGGCUUCUAUGUGACCGGGGAUGGUAAAACAUAUCAAGACUUUUCAUUACAAACAGCACCUUGCAUUCUUUGAUUGAUUAGAUUGGAUUCAUCGUAUUAAUUGACGAUCACAAUCACAAUGUAAUGGUGACAUCGCUGUUAACGUGGCACUGUUGUUUUCUUUAAAAGGUUUAAUAAAAUGAAAUUCAUGAAUUCAUUCCUUUCUUUCCCAGGCUGCAGGAGAGAUAAAGAUGGCUACUACUGGAUCGCAGGCAGGAUAGACGACAUGAUCAACGUAUCAGGUCAUAUGUUUUCCCAUAGUUUGGCCAAUGUGCUGCUGCUGGCUUCAUUUGCGGGUCAAAGCCAGGUUAUUGUGAAGCACUCUGUGAUACAUUUUGCUGUCAAAACAGGCGAUGGAUGGAUGGAUGGAUGGAUGGAUGGAUGGAUGGAUGGAUGAUAACCCAUAGUGUUGUCUUCCCUACAGGCCACCUGAUGAUGAUGAUGAGUGGGAACCCAUAGUGUUGAUAACCUUGUCUCCCUCCAGGUCACCUGUUGAGUACAGCGGAGGUAGAGUCAUCUCUAACAGAGCAUGGAGCGGUGGCCGAGGCUGCAGUGGUCAGCAGACCCCACGCGGUCAAGGGGGAGUGUCUCUACUGUUUCGUUACUCUGAAGGACUGCAGAGAGUUCAACCGCACACUGGUGGAGGAACUCAAGCGACAAGGUGUUUGACCAAUUUAUAGACAAGUCUAUCUAUUACAGGCUUAACAAGAUUACAGGUUACCCCUUGUAGAACGAACACAAGAUUACGGCAUUUGGCUACACAAGACUAUUAUUGCACUGAAUAUGAGAUAUUUAUACAGUACUACAACAUGAGUUUUCUGUUGGUACUUGAUUUAACACAACAACAAAACAUGUCUUAUGUCUUGUUAGUGAGGGAGAAGACAGGUCCGAUCGCCACACCAGACUUCAUCCAGAACGCUCCUGGACUUCCUAAAACACGAUCUGGUAAGUGUUACCCCAUUCCUGAUUUUACCACAUUUUAAAUUAAUUUUGUAUACUUUUAUGGACAUUUUGUCUUUACAUUUGUAUUUAUUAUUUUCGUUUUUAUUUAACAAAAUAUGUCAUCAUCAGGUAAAGAUCAUGCGGCGGGUCCUGAGGCAGAUCGCCCGGAACGAGAAGGAUCUAGGUGACCUUUCAACUAUGGCUGACCCCAAGGUCGUGGAGGUCCUGUUCAGCCAGCGCUGUCAAACGGCCGCCUGAGGGGCUGCAUGCCAAUACUCUAGAGCGGCUUCCUCUCCCCAACACCUCAUCUCCUCUCCU